AACGGCGCUUCGCACGGCGGGUGAAAACGCCACCACGUCGUGCGAGACGCACGCAGAUGGAGGUGAGAGGAUUACCAAGUGCCUCGUGGCCUGGUAUAGGCGCAGUGCAGAUGGGCGUCUGCACAUCUCGCAGUACAGAGGACGCUUUGGUGAGCAUACCGGCAGCAAUCUGUAGAGCGCUCGUUUCGAACUCCCCUUGCUGGACCUUAACGACUCCGGCUUGUACUACUGCAAUUUCUUCUGCCGGAUUAAUCACAGGACAUUUCAACACACCGGCACUGGAAUAAAUCUUACCGUCCAUGCAGAGACUACGAUGGCCAGUGCUAUCACGGUUACUACAGUACAGACUGACGCAGUUAACGAAAAGAAAAAGAUGACGCCCCUUUCACGUUGCUUUUUUUGUUCUAGUGUCAUUAAAGCUAGUGACAGCUUUGGUUAUAUGUACUUACACACUGUUGUCAUAUUACAACCGCUGUUAUUUAGUGGUCCCAUUUAUGUGAUAGUCUAAGGUGACCUUUUUGUAGUUUAAGGUAGAAUAAGGUUUCUUCUCUCUGUUACACAACGAUGUAUUUUGUUUCUCGCCAAGUGACACUUUUCCUUUGUUGCUGAAACGUACGACCACCCACAAACUUAUGAACACCCACAGAUUGUGUCAGAUGUUCCUUAUAUGCAGCAUAUACACAAAAUUAAAAAGUUUUAAUUUCCUUGUUUGACUUCUGAUUUUCUCUCGCCAGGUAUGAAUUCGAGUUCAACGCCUCUGUCUAGACAUAGGCCACUAAAAUGGACACCAUGAUAAUGAGUUCUCUAAAUAUUACUAGAUUUGUACUGCAUUAAAUGUCUAUAUGAACAGCCUACUGAAUAAACUAAUUUACUAUGAAUACAUGAUCGAUGAAACAACGUAAUGAGAAACAACUUACACAUACAACGGGUGAAAUAUCUCACCACAAGAGGGGGAUAGAAUAUUUCUAAUAGCAUUUUCCAGCUUUGAACCCAGUUAAAACUUAGCAAAUAGCAUUUUGUAGUCAUAUGACGGAAAGUGGGUUGUGCCAACUGUCUAGUUUACCAAUGGAAACUUGCCAGUUUGUACGCCCGUUCACAGAAUGAACGUAACGCUACUGGGUUGUCAUUGUGAGCGCAACUUCUUUGUUUUUGUGGAGACACUUGUUCUCAAAUUGCAGUGAACAUUUAUAUAAAUCCAAGUGUACAGUGUGAUGGUCUUUAGGUUCCUGCCUAUUCAGUCAGGGGAAAUAUGAAAUGCACCGGUGAAACCAGGAUGACCUCACCUAGUGAUAUUUGUAAACAGCAACGGAAAAGUAAUCUUUGUUCGGACAAUUCUAUUCCUAUAUGGGACGGGAAGAAAAUGAACGGACUUUUCUCUUCGGAGAAGUCAUCGAAUAUCGACUGCAACUCCCACAGCCACGACGUGUUCAUCUCACGCGUUGCACCCGUGAAAUCACCUGCAACGUCUUCUCAGCACGUCAAACUUCCAGGUGUGAUGGACGACGAGGGAAGAGUGGACGAGUCAAGAUUACGCAUGUACAUAUUUAAAAACGGAGGAUUGUCGCCGGCAGAGCGGGGGCCAGUAUGGCGCUUCCUAUUUGGGAUGUAUCCCUGCAGCUCCACAGCUCUGGAGCGCCCCCUGCUGCUGGAGCAGAUGGCUGUCCGAUACCAUGUCAUGAAGAGGAGAUGGCAACGACUGCUUCCUGGAGCCGUUCGUCUUUAUCUCAACGGCACUGAUGCUGAGCUGGAAGCAGCAGUACAGUAUUUUGAGAAGAGGCAGGAGACGGAGAAAGGAAAGCAGCAGCACCAGUCGGAAGAGCUCAGGGAAAUGCUUUCCUUCCUGGAGCUUCAGGCACAUGUGCUAUUUGAACGGGUGACCUUUGAUCUGGAAGAGCUUCAAGAGGCUAUACGUAUCAUUGAUAAAGAUGUACCUCGAACUGACAGAGAUGUUGCAUACUACAUGCAUGAAGGUCUGGGCAACCUGCUAGUGCUGAGAGAUAUCCUCAUUACCUAUGCUGCUUUUCACCCAGAGGUUAGUUAUGCCCAGGGUAUGAGUGAUCUGUGUAGUCGUUUCCUUGAGGUUCUUGAUGCAGAAGUGGACACAUUCUGGAGCUUUUCCUGUUACAUGGAAAAGUUUUCUAAGGACUUUUGUGCUGAAGGCCUACACCGCAAGAUCGAACUGGAAGCAGCACUGCUGAAAGAGUUGGAUCCCCUCCUCCAUUCUCACCUAGUCACAGAAAGCAUGGACAGACUAAUGUUCUGUCACAGGUGGCUUCUGCUGGGGUUCCAGCGGGAGUUUGAGCACAGCGAUGCACUCCGGUUGUUGGAGAUCCUCAGCUGCGAUCACUUGGAGCUCAUCUCUCAGCAGUUGGGCCGGGCACUCUCUCAGGAGAGGCUGGCCUCCACGCGGAGCCUUGAGGACGAAGCAGUAAUGGAACCUCAGGCCAUCACAACAGAGUUCACGUUCGACCUCUUCAUCUGCGCUACUGUCCUGCUGGAGAACAGGGAAGCACUGCUUAGCUGCAAGAAUGAGGUCCAACUCAUCAAGUUCACUAACAGUCUGAAGGGCACGGUGGACUUGAACCACAGCCUGAAGAAAGCUGAGGAACAUUUCUACAAUUAUUGCAAGCGUCUGGCCUGGGCCUGCGUGGACUCACGAGCUCAGAAUCACAAGAGCAAGCACGAGCACUUCCUCUACCAGCUCCGCAGCCUGUUCUGAGCAGGGAGGUUCCGCCUACUGGAAGAUAUUCUGGAAGAUGUUCUGGAAAUGGCUACUUCACAAUUACCAAUGACAGAAAUCCUGCAGUGUCUAUGAUUAUUUGGGUUUCUCAAAGUUUUGAAGACAAGGAAUAUUUUAAUAUAGUGUUGACAUUAAAAUGUCAUAAAAUGAUGCUGCAUAAGCAAGCUAUUGGCUUAAAGCUAGGAUGGUCAGCUCUAAAUCUUCUUUAGCAUAAGAGAGAGUCAAAUGAGCUUCCUUUCACCUUUCUCUUUGUUUUUGUUGUUGUUGUUGUUGUUGUUGUUGUUUUAGUCUAACACUGGUGCCAAGUGCUCUGUGGUAUCCAAAACACUAAAGGCGUGAUUCGCAUAAUGUAAACAUAUGUGCUGAUAUAAAAGGAAGUGGCAAGCUAGUGACUGAUAAAAGUGUAAUUUAACAAUCACUGACUGUUUUAGAGGUUCCAUAUGCAAACAUAUAUUUGCACAUGGAACGUCUAAAAUAUUUUAAGUAAAUAUAAGCCUUAAUAAUAAUUUGCUAGCAAAUGUUAUGAAUGAGAUAAAUGUCUCUUUUUUUGUUUCAUAGUUUAGUAUUCAUUACAUUUUAAUUCACUACA